UGAUCCAAUGGAGGUGUGGUCUCUUUGGCUUUUUGUCAUAUCUUUCCUUGUUGUAAGUGUGACAACUUGGAUUUCUUGGUGGAGGAACCCUAGUUGUAAUGGCAGACUACCUCCAGGUUCCAUGGGACUUCCACUUAUAGGGGAGACUCUUAAUUUUCUUGUCACGUGCAAGUCCAUAGACAUCCAUCCUUUUAUUAAGGAAAGAAUGGAAAGAUACGGUUCAUUGUUCAAGACAAGUUUAGCAGGUCGACCAGUGGUUGUGUCGUUAGAUCCUGAUUUCAACUAUUUCGUGCUUCAACAAGAAGAAAAACUUGUGGAACUAUAUUACAUGGAUUCCUUUGCGAACCUGGUUCACAAAGGAAAUGCAAAUGAAGGUGGUUACGUGCACAAGUAUCUGAGGCGCGUGAUUCUGAGUCACUUUGGCCCUGAGGCUCUCAAAGAAAAGCUGUUGUGGCAGGCUGAGAAUGUCAUAAACCAUGGAUUGCAUGAGUGGACGAAGCAGACAGAGGUAGCUGUAAAAGGCCAAAGUGCUGCCAUGAUACUUGGAUUUACUUCAAAAAUUCUGAUGAGUUAUGAAUUGGAAAAAUCUAAGCAAAAUUUAAGUGAAUAUUUAUGUAGCUUCUUGCAAGGACUUAUGACAUUCCCUUUGUACAUCCCUGGGACUGCUUUCUACAAAUGUAUAAAGACGCAACGAAAAGUAGAAAAGAUACUAUCGGAGCUACUAGAAGAGAGAAGGAAGUCUUAUUCCCAAGGUUGCAAUAACGGAGAUUUUCUUGGCCAAAUAGUGGAAGACAUGGGAAAGGAAGCAUUUUUGACGAAGGAAUUUGCCGUCAGCCUUAUGUUUGGUCUCCUCCUUGCCAGCGUUGAGACUAUUUCCUCGACUGCUACUUUAGCCAUUAAGUAUCUAUUGGACAACCCAUCAGCUUUGCAACAAUUAACUGAGGAGCACGAGGAAAUUCUAAAGAAAAGAGAAGACACCAGUCUUGGACUUUCAUGGGAGGAAUACAAAUCUAUGACUUUUACUCAUUACGUCAUAAACGAAACACUUCGAAUAGGAAGUGUUGCUCCUGGAAUCUUGAGAAGGGUUAUAGCUGAUAUUCACAUUAAUGGUUAUACUAUACCCAAAGGUUGGAACCUUUUGGUUGUACCCGCAGCGCUUCAACUUAACCCUAAUACAUAUAAAGAUCCUCUUACCUUCAAUCCUUCAAGAUGGAAGGUAGAUAAUAUCAAGGCUUCUAUGGAAAAUGGGGUGCUUACUGUAACUGUUCCAAAACUGGAGGUGAAAAAGCCUGAUGAUGUUAAGGCUAUUGAGAUUUCAGGCUAA